AAAAUGAGGAAGGAAACCCAGCAUAAGAAAGCAGAACAACACUUGCUUCACAUGCUCUUCAUGGACUGUACUGAUGGCUGCCUCAAUCAGAAGACACUGAGCGCAGUGUCCUUCCAAAUACAGCUGACCCUGGAAACCAUGAACACCACAGUGAUAAAGGGCUUCAAUGGGUCUGAGCGGUGCCCCAGGGACACACGGAUAGCACAGCUGGUGUUCCCAGUCAUCUACACCAUCGUUUUCUUCACAGGCAUCCUGCUGAACACCUUGGCCCUGUGGGUGUUCGUUCACAUCCCCAGCUCCUCCACCUUCAUUGUCUACCUCAAAAAUACUUUGGUGGCCGACUUGAUAAUGACGUUCACGCUUCCAUUUAAAAUUCUCUCUGACUCACACCUCGGACCCUGGCAACUCAGGGCCUUUGUGUGUCGUUUCUCUGCGGUCAUCUUUUACGAGGCCAUGUAUGUGGGCAUCACACUGCUAGGCUUCAUAGCCUUUGAUAGAUUCCUGAAGAUCAUCAGGCCGUUUGGAAAAUAUUUUGUACAAAAACCUGCUUUUGCGAAAAUGAUCUCGACCUUCGUCUGGCUCUUUUUGUUCCUCAUCUCUCUGCCGAAUAUAAUCUUGAGCAAUAAGGAAGCAACACCAUCAUCUGUGAAAAAGUGUGCCUCCUUAAAGGAUCCGCUGGGGUUGAAAUGGCAUCAAGUGGUGAACUACAUAUCCCAGUUCAUUUUCUGGACUGUUUUUGUCCUAAUGCUUCUGUUUUAUGUGGUGAUUGCAAAAAAAGUAUACAACUCUUACAGAAAGGCCAGAAGUAAGGACAGCAAACACAACACAAAGCUGGAAGGUAAAGUGUUUGUUGUUGUGGCUGUAUUCUUUGUGUGUUUUGCUCCAUUUCAUUUUGCCAGAGUUCCCUACACUCACAGUCAAACUAACAGUAAGACUGACUGCAGGCUGCAAAAUCAAUUGUUUAUAGCUAAAGAAACAACCCUCUUUUUGGCAGCAACUAACAUUUGCAUGGAUCCCAUAAUAUACAUAUUCUUAUGUAAAAAAUUCACAGAAAGGCUACCAUGUAUGAGAGGGAGGAAGAUCACGUCAUCAACCCAAGAAAAUCGUACUAUCCAGACAGACAAUAUAACCCUAGGCUGAUAACUUUAUUCUGGUUACCUAAUAUUUAAUAGGUAAAAUUUCAAAAGUCAAUUUGGAAAUAAAGUUUAAGCAAGGAAAAAAGGAUGGAGCAAAUGCUUUUUAUUAUCCUGGUGUACAGAAAGGAUUCUAUAAAUUUUAAUUGCACAUAGAUCAAUUCAUAAGCAGAGUGAAGUAUCUGUGAGAGAAAUACAACAGAAAGCAAGUGGCCACUAGAGGUCACCUUUUUGCAAACACUCACUGAGGUUUUGGAGAAGAUAGGGAUAAACUUGUAUUACUAAACACCUCCUUCCAGAACACCUUCUCACUUCUCACAUUCUCUGACACACAUAAUUCAAACAACACUACUGCUUCUGUAUCCCACAAGUGUUGAUACUUCCUGGUUUAAAAACAAACCAAAAAACUUGAAAGUCCUUUGAUGAAAGCUGAAGCCAUUGGGUAGGAAACAUCAGGGGAAUUGAAGUAGGUCAAAAAACCCUGAGAAAGCCUGGAUGAAGGAGUUCCUCCUUAUUAAUUGUCAAGAGCCUCUUCCAGUAUUAAGAGUACUGACAUUGUUUCAGUAUUCCAUAUGUAGCAUUAGACCAUUAAGCCACAUAAAAUAUUGUACUAUUGUACGAUGCAUUCAUCUUACGUGUGUAUAAUUUAAGGGCAAGAAUACUGUACUGAUUGAUAUUCUUUGGAAUUCUCCCUCCGCCCAGCCAACACUCUAAUGGUGGCUGAAUAUGCCACCAACACAGCAAAACCUUUCUGGGCCACAACCUCUAUUCUCCUGCUUCACGCCUCUGGUUCAAAGCAACUACUUCCCCCACUGUUUGGUUAUGCAUUAGGGCUUUCAUUGCAGAUUUCCCUUUGCUAGUUACCUAUAUUCAUGACUGAAUCCCCCAGAGGGUCAGGAUUCUUUAAGAAAGACAUGUUUUGAAGACAGAAAACAUGUCAGGUUUUCUUGGUAUCUCCCAAAUUACUCCCUGCAGACUGUGAAUUACAAAUGUUUUCAAUAGAGGGGCGCCUGGGCAGCUCAGGUGGUUAAGAGUCCAGCUUUGGCUCAAGUCAUGAUCUCAUGGUUCAUGGGUUCGAGCCCCGCACUGGGCUCUGUGCUGACAGUGCAGAGCCUGGAGCCUGCUUCAGAUUGUGUCUCUCUUUCUGCUCCUACCUCGCUCGUGGUCUUGCUCUCAAAAAUAAACAUUUUUUUAAAAUUUUGAAAAAACAAAUGUUUUAAAUAGAAUAUGUCAUCAUUGUGCCAUUCUUUGUACAUUUAUAGAUAGAACUGCUGACCCACACUGAAAAGCAUCCAUACUGGGUAGUUUUUCAAAGGACGAUAACCUAUUAGUAAUUAUUCACCCCCACAUUUCCUCCUGAAAUCUUUUGUGGUUGAAAAAACUAAAAUGUGGUUAUCUAGAAUUACGGAUGCAGAUUUGUAUCUUCUAGAGAAAAUGCACAAAGGGGUAGUCAUGCUCUGUAAAUGCACCCUUGGCUCCAACAGGAUCAUCCUAAGGUUAAACCCAGACCUCUUCUCAUGCUCCAAAAAGCCCUCAAGGCCCUGGAACUUAUCCACCUUUCUGGCCUUAUUGAUUCCUGAAACCUUACACUCUUAUGUACAUUUGUAACUCUCAGAACAUACCUUGCUCCAUUUUGCCCCUGUGCCACAGCACACGUAAAUUUUCCUCUGAUUCACCAGGAAAACUCUUACCUGUCCUUGAAACCUAAGAUGCCAUCAGUUGGUCCAUGCAAUCUCAUCUCCCACCACCAUCUCAAACCCAAUCACCUCCUCAUCUGUAUGUUGUCACACCUCAAUUACUGUACUUACCACACUGCUUUGUAAUGACUUGCCCACACAUGUACCUACUCUUUUAAUAAUCUAUGUAUACAUUUGACAGCUGGGAUUGUGUCUUAUUGAGCAAUCAAUAAAUAUUUGAUAAAAUAA